AUGAAGACUCAUUAUCACUUCGAGGUCGCCUAUUUCCCUGGAAAUCAAUCCGUAUCUUUCAACCUUUCUGCAGCCAGCGUGCAAUCCAAUGUCAACGUCACAGCCAACCUUUUCCUCAACGUUUAUGGGAUGAACCCCGUGAACGUCACUCUCGAUCUUUGCAGUAUUUUCAAUGGAGACCUUUGCCCGUUACCCGCAUACAACUUCACCGGCGCCGACUCUAUCGUACUCCCAAACUCCCUCAACGUCGCAGAUAUGAUCCCCCUCAUCGCCUACAAGAUUCCCGAUCUAGAGGGUUUUGCCCAGCUUACCCUGACCGAGCCUUCCACGGGAAUUGUCCGGGCUUGCGUUCAAGCUACCCUAUCCAACGGAUGGUCUGCUCACCAAUCUGCAGUCGAGUGGGGUACGGGUGGAGCCGCGAUUGCCACACUAAUUGUGUCGGUCUUCUUGACCCUAUUCACCACUGACGCCAUCGCACCCUUCCGCUUCUUGGAACUGAUGUACCUGUUCCAAUCGAUCGCGAGCAGCGCACUUCUUAGCCUCAACUACCCAUCCGUCUAUCGCGCUUUUGCUCUCAACUUCGCUUGGGCAGUAGGGCUCUUCCCUACCUCCGAUUCGUCGGCCAUCCAAAAUUCCAUCAACGAGCUGCGGCAUCGUACUGGGAGUCAGCUCGCUGACUCAAGCAGUGGAUCCGUCGUGCAGUUUGUCAACCGGAGGCUUAGCCCUUACAAUAACGAAGUUACGACAUCAUCUUCUUCCGCAGGGAUUAGCUCCAUCUUCCGACGCGACAAUGAUGACCUGUCUUGGAUGGGAAAUGGGAUGGUAUCUGCGCUAACGAAACGCGCAGAGACCUUGAACGGACAAGUCGAAACCGUUACGCCCGACUCUGACAAUGUUUUGGACGCCGGCCUCCCGAUCUACGUCAAUUCGCUGCACGUCUCGACGGCAAACGCGUUCAUGACUGCGUUUUUGUGCGCGUUAAUGCUCUUCGGUGUUACUCUUGCCCUCCUUGGCAUUGGAUAUGGAGUCAAUGUUCUUUUGAGACGGUUCAAGGAGAAGAAGCUCGGAAGGACCCCAGAAUCCGGCUUUGACUAUAUCGCCUUUGCGCGUUCUUGGAUUCUUCGCAUCUCGUUGAUUUCCUUUGGACCCCUUCUCCUCUUUAUUUUCUACCAAUGGACUCUGAAGGACUCCUGGGCCACCGUCCUUCUAUCCGUUCUGUGCUUUUUGGCGAUUGGGGCACUCGUCGGUUAUCCGACCUUCCUCGUCGUUCGGCUUGUUCGACAAAACGACCAGUUCGCGCUCUACACGCCCGGCAACUCGUGCUUGGCGGCCAAUGGUCCUCUCUAUUCUCAAUAUAGACCACCGCGAUCCUACUUCUUCGCACCUCUUCUCGCCGCAACAGUGCUUCGGUCGAUCAUCGUGGCGUUUGCCAAGUACACUGCGCAAGCUCAGGUCGGGCUGUUGAUCGCCACCGAGGUCAUUUUGGUUGGCUUGCAUUGCUGGCUGAGGCCGUACCAAAGCCGUGGAGGGGACAUCUUCUCAACUUACCUUGCCAUCGUACGACUGGUAACCUCAGGCCUCCUCAUCGCUUUCCUGCAGCCACUGGAAGUCAAACCAAUCCCACGCGUAGUCAUCGGGAUCGUCAUUGCGGUCAUCUUCUCCGUCGCAGUCGUCAUCACCCUUACCAGCUUCAUCCUCAACCUUGGCCUGCAAAGGCUAUGGUCGAAACGAACAUCGACCGGCAGCUCAUCUUCAACAGGGUCUGACGACUCAGCCUCGCAAGGGUCGAUGCUAGAAAAGGGUGUCGUCGUUGCCGAAAGCAACCCCGCACUCGAUUCUACCGCUCGGAGUCGCACCAACAACGCCCACGCCAGCGACUCGAGUGACGACUCGGGCUCUGAUGAAGAGAUGAUCGUGUCGGCCAAUGGUGGUGGGUCAUCUGUGGGGCACGGGUAUGGCCAGGGAAGGGAGAGCGUGUUGUCGAUGAGUAGGCCUCCUACGAGCAUGGAGUCGUACCAUGCUAGUGCGUCUUCGUCUCCCAGUGCAUGGAGGCCUGGCUCGAGUUCGGGGAGCAGUAGUGGAAACGUUACGAGGCAAUCAUCGGCAAAGGCUGUCCAACACUACCAACAGCAACAUCGCAAUAUCCCCGAGAACGAGACCACCUCAUAG